AUGGCUUUGAUACCGCGGGCGGCGUCGAGCUUCAUUCAUUACGAACAAAUUCCAUUCAUUGUCUUUACCAUCAUCUUGAUGGUCAUUACUCUUUUGUCGACCUGCUUUGGCAUACAUAGGAGAAUAUCGGUUUCAGGGAAGCUGUUGGUGGAAGAUGUAUUCGCGCUCCUCGCCACGAUCGCUGCUCUAGCGCUAUCGUCCACAUUCACGAUCGAUGAUGACCUUAACGAUGGCGACAAUCUUGAGAUCAUACGCAAGGUUUCAGUGGUGGCAUUGUACUCGUACAUCGCCGCUGUGCUCUUUCUCCGGACGUCAUUCCUUCUACUCUAUCUUCGCCUGGAUCGACGAAUAAUCAUGCGCUGGAUCGUUCUCGCUUUGUCUCCGGUCGUGCUCACGCAAACUUGCUCUUUGGUCAUCGGUGCAGCAUUUUCAUGCGCACCACCGACUCUGAUCUGGACGACGAGCAUUGCCUCAUCUGGUCGAUGUUGGACGUCCGGAUCAAUACAGACUUUUCUGAACGUCAGUGGCAUCCUUGUCUCUGCAGUGGACGCUUCGAUACUUGCCGCGUCACUGAGUAUGGCAGGAACAAGAAGGGGUCUCAGGCUGGCUGUGUCAGAUGCUACUACGCUUGGACUCUCGUGGACGCCAAUCAUCCGUAUCGAAAAGUCGCAUUCCCUGCCAUGUUCGCUCAGGUUGAAGUCCAUCUGGCCUUGA